AUGAAGGAUUCUUGGAAGAACACGAUACUUAAACUCCUCUUCUUUUUGCUUUUAAACGACGCCGCUAAUCAUAAAUUUUGUUAAACCCUCUUGUACUACUUCUUGUUUACAGCUCUCUCUCCUUGCAAUGUCCGGCGAGGCUUCUUCUUCUGGGUUUAAUCUUGAAGGCAUUGAUGAUGUUCAAGAUUUUCCAUGGGCGAAUUCAGGAGAGACGCCAUCUAUAUCGUGGGACAGGUACAAUCAUCUAUGUGAGACUGUGGAGAUGGGUAACAAAGCAUAUCGUGAGAACAGAUGGGACGAGGCUAUCAAUCAUUACACAAGAGCUAGCAACAUUAAGCCGGAUGAUCCUUUUAUUCUUAGCAACAGAUGUGCUUCAUACCUCAGGUAUAGCCAGUUUCUGAAAAGUAGAUCUGCAUCAGAUUCAGAAUACAGGCCAUUGAGUGGGUUGGAUCCUACAAUAUAUGCUGGGCUUGCACUAAAGGAUGCUGAGAAGGUGAUGCAGCUGCAGAACAAUUCAGUUACCUCAUAUAUUCUGAAGGCAAACUCACUCAUUUUGUUAGAAAAAUAUGAGCUCGCCCAAGAGAUAAUCCGUUCAGGACUUCAAAUGAAUCCUCUAAGCAAUCCCCUUCUAAAUUUGGAGAAAUCGAUCAAAACUACACUUGGAAGGAGAAGCCACGGGAGACCACAGCGCAGUGAUGAAUUUGACUGUACCCUGUGCUUAAAGCUAUUAUAUGAACCUAUAACAACUCCCUGUGGACAUUCUUUUUGCCGUGCAUGCCUUUUCCAGUCAAUGGACCGAUAUAACAAAUGUCCAUUGUGCCGAACAGUUCUUUUCAUUAGUCCCAGAACGUGUGCAAUCAGUGUAACGUUGAAAAACAUAAUAGAAAAAACUUUUCCUGAGGAAUAUGCUGAAAGGAAGGCUGAGAAUGACAGUUUGAUAAACCCCGGUGUUGACUUGCUGCCUCUUUUCGUCAUGGACGUUAUUCUACCAUGCGAGAAGCUCGCACUCAACAUUUUUGAACCUCGUUACAGACUUAUGAUCAGGAGGAUAAUGGAAGGAAAUCGCCGAAUGGGAAUGGCUGUUCAUGAUUCUACGACAGGUUCGGUAGCUGAUUAUGCUUGUGAAGUGGAGAUUAUAGAAUGUGAGCCACUUCCAGAUGGGCGUUUCUUUCUGGAGGUUGAAAGUCAACGUAGAUGCCGCAUCGUACGACAUUGGGAUCAAGAUGGGUAUCGUGUUGCUGAGGUUGAAUGGAUACAUGAUAUAUGCCUAGCCGAAGGAACAAGAGAGAGGCAUGAAUUACUGGAGACGGCAAAUAAGGCAGCGGCAUUUGCUCAACAAUGGUUGAGGAACGCACAACAAGUAGCAGGAGAUCGUAGACGUGCAGAACUCUUCAAAGCUGAAGGAUUGAUGCCAUCACCACAGGAUCCUGAGCGCUUAAGUUUUUGGCUUAACACUCUGACCAGUCGUAGACCAACAGAGAAAUUAGACCUGCUUCAGAUACGAGAUACACCUGAGAGGAUAAGGAGAGGUCUGCUAUACAUGAAACAAGAAGAACAAGGUUGCCGGCUGCAAGAGAAGGCUGCCAGCUGCUAUAAUUAUGGUCAACCUGUAAUUAGUUCCAUUGUUUGUAUUAUUAUCAUUAUUGGUUUUUCUGUAAAAGCUCAUUUUGAUUUCAAUAUUUUUAACCUCACAUAUCCAGGACCAGUACUGCUAACAUUUUUUCUCUCAUACAACAAAAAGAUGAGAGGAAGAAAACACCCUCUUGUCAUUUUUGCUUAUCUUGUACUAGUUUUUGCAAAUGUAGCUACUUCAGCUUCAAAAGGAACGUUUACGCCGACCGAUAACUAUCUGAUCAAUUGUGGAUCCCCUGAUACUACUUUGCUUGAUGAUGGAAGGACUUUUAAGUCUGAUCCUCAAUCUGCUUCUUACUUGUCUACUGAUGAGACUAUUUUAGCUUCUGUUAAGUCUUUAUCAGAAAAGGUCACUUCUUUUUCCUCUGCCUCUUUGUUAUAUCAUACAGCAAGAAUAUUUGAAAGUGAGUCUAUGUAUAGGUUUCUUGUUUUCAAACCAGGCAGACAUUGGGUGCGUUUGUACUUUUAUCCUAUUCAACAUCCAAAUUAUAAUCUAGCAAGUGCUAUGUUUACUGUUACUUCUGAUAAUAUUGUUUUACUUCAUGAUUUCUCAGUGAAAGAUACUAGUAAAGUUGUGUUCAAAGAAUACCUUAUUAAUAUUACUUCAUCUCAAUUCACUCUCAAAUUUUCACCUUUGAAGAGAUCUUUUGCUUUUAUCAAUGCCAUUGAGUUUGUGUCAGCACCAGAUGAUCUCAUUCCUGAUUCAGCUGCUGCAGUUUCCCCUGUUGGUGAUUUUAAUGGCCUGUCUCAAUUCGCGUUUGAAGUAAGUUAUCGGUUAAAUGUUGGAGGGCCAAUUGUCACACCAAAAAAUGAUACAUUGUGGAGGACAUGGUUGCCUGAUAAUAAGUACAUGGCAUUUCCUGAAGGGGCUCAGAAUGUGUCGGUUCCUCUAACGACAAUCGUUUAUCCAGAUGGAGGGGCGACACCUUUGAUUGCCCCGAGUUCAGUUUAUGCUACGGCUGAUAUGAUGGCAGAUUCUGGGGUGCCCAACUCGAAUUUCAAGCUAACGUGGGAGAUGGACGUUGAUUCGAGCUUUUCCUACUUUAUCAGAAUGCAUUUCUGUGAUAUUGUGAGCAAAGGCCUAAAUGAGUUGUACUUCAAUGUCUAUGUUAAUGAAGUGGUGGGGGUCUCUAGUCUUGACCUUUCAACACUGACUUCAGAGUUGGCCACCCCUUAUUACAAAGACUUUGUGCUCAAUGCCACAGCCAUCACCAACGGUUCGAUCAUAGUGCAGGUGGGACCCGCGUCAAACGUCCAGUCUAUCCUCCCAAAUGCCAUCCUCAAUGGAUUGGAGGUCAUGAAGAUGAGCAACAUGGAGGGAAGCUUGGAUGGGCUGUUCUCAUCUGGUGGACGGCAUGGUGUAAUGCCAAGAUCACGCGGAAUGAGAAUUGCUGCAGCUUUUGGAUUGGCAAUGGGGGUUACAGCAUUAGUAUUGCUUUUGAUGGGCAUUGUUCGUUGGCGAAGGAAGCCAACAAAGGGUUGGGAGAAGCAGAAGACAUUCUCUUCAUGGCUUCCUCUCAAUGCUAGUUACUGCAGCUUCAUGUCAAGCAAGAGCAAGACUAGUUGUUCAACAAUCAUAUCCUCUGGCCUCAACUUUGGCCGCGUCUUUACUUUCAAUGAAAUCAAGAAAACAACAAAAAACUUUGAUGAAAAAGCAGUCAUUGGUGUUGGAGGCUUUGGAAAAGUGUAUCUUGGUGUUUCGGAAGAUGGAACAAAACUAGCUAUAAAGCGAGGAAAUCCAUCAUCCUCACAGGGCAUCAACGAAUUCCUAACAGAAAUUGAGUUGCUAUCCAAGCUUAGGCAUCGACAUCUUGUUUCACUCAUUGGUUAUUGUGAUGAACAAUCAGAAAUGAUUCUAGUCUAUGAGUACAUGUCUAAUGGUCCUUUGCGUGACCACAUUUAUGGUUCCACUUUGCCAACUCUGACAUGGAAACAAAGGCUCGAAAUCUGCAUAGGAGCUGCUCGAGGACUGCACUACCUUCACACUGGUUCAACUCAGGGAAUAAUACAUCGCGAUAUAAAAACUACAAACAUCCUCCUUGAUGAGGACUUUGUCGCAAAGAUGGCUGAUUUUGGCUUGUCAAAAACCGGUCCUUCACUGGAGCAAACACAUGUUAGCACAGCAGUGAAGGGUAGUUUUGGUUACCUUGAUCCUGAAUACUUCAGAAGACAACAACUAACAGAAAAAUCUGAUGUGUACUCAUUCGGGGUAGUCCUUUUUGAGGUACUAUGUGCAAGACCUGCUCUUGAUCCUGCAUUGCCAAGAGAACAAGUGAAUUUGGCAGAGUGGGCAAUGCAGCAACACAGAAAGGGCACUCUGGAGAAGAUCAUAGACCCUCAUAUUGCAGGAACCAUUAGCCCUGAGGCGUUAAGGAAAUACGUGGAAGCUGCAGAGAAAUGCUUGGCAGAAUAUGGGGUUGAUAGGCCUGCAAUGGGAGAUGUUUUGUGGAACUUAGAAUAUGCCUUGCAGCUUGAAAGUGCAUCCCCGAGUAGUGUUCCAGUGAAGAACGAGAACGAGAAAGAGAAUGAGAAUGAAAAUUCCAAGCCAAGUUCUUCAGAACAGCCUGGAACGAAUUCGAAGAGCAAUAAAGAAGCUCAGCUCAUUGACAUUAAUGAUGAUUCUGGAGUGGUGGUUGGUUCUCCUAUGUUCUUAGAAGGUUUUCAAGGAAGAUAAUAACUGUAAUAAGUAACUAAAACCAAAGAUGAUCAGCCUUUUUGUUUUUUGAUUUUUUCUGUUUUCAUGUUUUUUUUUACUUUACUUUUUCAAGCAUUAUUGGGUUAUCUGUGAUUGAUUUCCUGUUUAGUUCAUAUAACUGGAGACAUACCAGAAGUUUUUUCUGUAA